AUGAUCUGCCGCCUUCUCAACCCCAACGCCGCCGCGAAACCGCGAAAGUACCUUAAAGUCUCUCUCUUCUCCACAUCGCCGCCGGAGAUAACGCCACCGUUCAUUCACAAAUGCAAGACCACUUCCCAGGUUAAGCUCAUUCACGGGAAACUACUGUCCUCCGGAAUCCUAACACUGAAUCGCAGCUCCCACCUCAUCUCCACCUACAUCUCCCUCGGUUGCUCAUCUGCCGCCGUAUCUCUCCUCCGUCUAUUUCCUCCCUCCGACGCUGGUGUCUACCACUGGAAUUCUCUCAUUCGCCUCUACGGCGACAAUGGCCGCGCCAGCGAAUGUCUCUCUUCGUUCCGCCUUAUGCAUUCUCUGUCAUGGACGCCGGACAAUUACACAUUCCCCUUCGUCUUCAAGGCUUGCGGCGAGAUCUCCUCCUUCCGUUGUGGAGCUUCUGCCCACGCGCUUUGCCGGGUCACCGGAUUUAACUCCAACGUCUUUGUGGGUAACGCGCUUGUUGCUAUGUAUUCCCGUUGUGGCUCGUUGGCUGAUGCACGGAAUGUGUUCGACGAAAUGCCCGUCAUUGGCGUUUGGGAUGUUGUGUCGUGGAACUCUAUAAUAGAGAGUUAUGCAAAGUUAGGGAAACCAAAGACGGCGCUUGAGAUGUUUCGGCGGAUGACUAAUGAGUUCAAUUUCAAGCCUGAUGAUAUCACGCUUGUGAAUGUUCUUCCUCCUUGUGCUUCUCUUGGUGCACAUUCAGUAGGGAAGCAAAUACAUGGUUAUGCGAUCAGAAGUGAGAUGAUACAGAAUAUGUUUGUAGGUAAUUGCUUGGUGGAUAUGUAUGCAAAGUGUGGAAUGAUGGAUGAGGCAAACACGGUGUUCUCGAACAUGUCGGUGAAGGAUGUAGUCUCUUGGAAUGCUAUGGUUGCUGGGUAUUCACAGAUUGGAAGGUUCGAUGAUGCUGUUAGUUUAUUCGAGAAGAUGCAGGAAGAGAAGAUAAAGAUGGAUGUUGUUACUUGGAGUGCUGCUAUUUCAGGGUAUGCUCAACGAGGCCUUGGAUAUGAAGCAUUGGGCGUGUGUAGGCAGAUGUUGUCUUCCGGGGUAAAACCAAACGAAGUCACGCUUAUUUCGGUUCUCUCAGGUUGUGCUUCUGUUGGAGCAUUGGUGCACGGUAAAGAGAUCCAUUGUUAUGCCAUCAAACAUGCUCUGGAGCUGCGUAAGAACGGUCAUGGUGAUAAUAAUGAUAAUAUGGUCAUCAAUCAACUGAUUGACAUGUACGCCAAGUGCAAAAAAGUUGAUACUGCGCGUGCUAUAUUUGAUUCACUUUCCCCCAUGGAGAGAGAUGUUGUCACAUGGACCGUGAUGAUUGGCGGAUACUCCCAGCAUGGGGAUGCGAAUAAAGCUCUUAAACUUUUCUCUGAGAUGUUCGAGCAAGACUACAGAACAAGACCAAAUGCUUUCACUAUAUCAUGUGCCCUUGUGGCAUGUGCCAGUUUGGCUGCGUUGAGAAUUGGCAAGCAAAUCCACGCUUAUGCAUUGCGCAACCAGCAGAAUCUACCACUGUUCGUAUCAAACUGCCUAAUAGACAUGUAUGCAAAAUCUGGAGACGUUGGUGGUGGCAGGCUUGUAUUUGACAGCAUGACGGAGAGAAACGAAGUUACUUGGACAUCUCUAAUGACGGGUUACGGUAUGCACGGCUAUGGAGAAGAAGCUCUUGAAAUCUUCAAUGAGAUGUGGAAAAUGGGUUUUAAGCUUGAUGGUGUUACAUUACUUGUUGUACUAUAUGCUUGCAGCCAUUCGGGAAUGAUCGAUCAGGGUAUGGAGUAUUUCAAUCGAAUGAAGACUGAUUUUGGGGUUAGUCCUGGACCGGAGCAUUAUGCUUGCAUGGUUGACUUGUUAGGUCGUGCUGGUCGGUUGAAUGCAGCUUUGAGUCUCAUUGAAGAUAUGCCAAUGGAGCCUCCUCCUGUGGUAUGGGUUGCUUUACUCAGUUGCUGUAGAAUCCACGGGAAAGUUGAACUCGGUGAGUAUGCGGCUAAAAAAUUAACAGAAUCAGCAUCUAACAACGAUGGAUCAUACACGUUGCUCUCAAAUUUAUAUGCAAAUGCAAGGCGUUGGAAAGAUGUAGCUAGGAUAAGAUCACUGAUGAGACAUAAAGGAAUCAACAAGAGACCUGGUUGUAGCUGGGUGGAAGGAGUUAAAGGAACCGCUACGUUCUUCGUGGGUGAUAAAACUCAUCCACGCACUGAAGAGAUAUACCAGGUCCUCGCAGAUCAUAUGCAACGCAUCAAGGACAUUGGUUAUGUUCCUGAAACAGGCUUUGCUCUGCAUGAUGUAGACGAUGAAGAGAAAGGUGAUCUUCUUUUCGAGCACAGCGAGAAGUUAGCUCUUGCGUACGGUAUUCUAACAACUCCUCAAGGUGCAGCUAUCAGGAUUACUAAGAAUCUACGUGUAUGUGGUGAUUGCCAUACCUCGUUCACAUACAUGUCGAGAAUCAUUAAUCAUGAGAUUAUAUUGAGGGACUCGAGUCGCUUCCAUCAUUUCAAAAAUGGAAUGUGUUCCUGCAAAGGUUACUGGUGA